GUUCCGCGCAGUAGUUCUCUCGUUUGGUCCCCCUCGAUCUAGACGCCAGUAUCGUCCGAGCGUGCUGUAGCCGUGCUCGCCGUCCUCCUCGUUUUUUCUCGUCGUAGAAGCUCGUCAUUGCGCGCCUACCCCAGCUCUACGUUUCGCAGUAUCGCGUUACUCCUGGAUGUCGUCUUAACGGCUCACCUUGAAACAGCUCACCUUGAAGCAGCUCAACAUCGAUAGUUCCUUACCAGGCUUUCGUGCUUCGAGGCGUCUCGAGUCGCGCAUUUUCCGCUACCAGCGAAGCACGCGUUCGCGUGCCCGUGGUCCCCUGAAUGCAAUGCGUCGUCUCGCUCGAGAGCUCCAUUCUCCAGAGCGUCUCCCGCCACCUAAUCGUCAGGCGUGUGCGGAAAUGCCCGGCGUCACAGAGCUGGCAGUGUGAGCAACUCCACUCAGAUCUGUCCCGCGAGGUUUCUCGGUGACCCCCACGUUCGAGGCUCGGGCGUCGGCGAAUGGCGCCAGCAAGCGACGCAUCUCCGCCUCAAUCACCUGCCGCGAACGGGCCGGGAGGAGACGUUCCGGGAGGAAACGGGUCGCGAGAAGACGGGCCGGUCGUUCCACAGACGUUAGAGCGGGGAGAGGAGCAGGAGCUGGCCGGCAUGGGUGACAGACAGUCAGGGGAGGCCGGCGAGUCGGCAGGUUGGGAGAAUGCGGCAGGGGUGGCGCGUGGCGGCGAGACCACGUCCGCUGUUGAAGCAGGCGCUCCGGCGCGCGGUCAGGAGACCACCAACGCUGUCAUGUCGCAGCUGGCGGACAUGCGGGGCAUGAUAGAGCGACUGAGCCGCGAGAACGAGUCUCUGCGCGCCAUAGUGGCGCUGCAGGUCUCCGCGGGCGGGGGGAGCGCCCCUCCCGCGCAUGCAGUGAGCGGCCCCUCGCCCUCGGCCGGGCCAGAGAAUUGGUGUUGCCAUGUCUCGCUGGUCCGCCCUCUUCCCCUCGCUCCCCAACCCCCUCUCCUCCUUCCCCGCCUUCCCCUCCGCGCCCCCCUCCUCCUCCACGGCAGCAGUGGCCAUGCUGCCUCCCCCUCCCCGCUCCACCCAGCCGCGCCCGCAGGCACGGACAGGGGCAGCACGGGGAGAAGGUCUCCGAUGCCGCUGCUGCCAGCGCGCUCGCACACGCCACCUGGGCCAGUGCACGAGCAGCGCCACGCGCCCGCUCUCAACCGCAGCCACAGGGGCUCGCUGUCGCCCCCUGACUCCUGCUCCCAGCAGCGCUGCAGCGUGGCCCGCCCGAUCAGCCCUGUGGCAAUGGACUGCAGCGAUUCAACGAGCGAGAGAGCCGAGGGGCGGCAGCAGCAGCAGCAGCAGGAGGGGGGAACGGAGGGUGAAUCAAAGCAUAGACGAGGGGGAGACAGGGAGCGGACGGGCGCAAGGGGGGAGGGAGAGAUGGUGUGUGGGAAAGGUGGCAGUGGGGAGAGCGAGCGUGUGAACGGGGUCGAGAGGGCGCGCAAGAGGCAGCGGGUGGAAGGGCGGGCAGAGGAGGAGCAGCGUGCAGGCGCUGUGGCGUGCGAGCAUGGUGGAGGUGGAGAGGAUGGGGCGCUGGGUGGCGUGCAGGCGAGGGAAGGGGGGAGGGAGCAUGAGCACGAGGGGGGCUGCCAGAGGGAGCAGGACAUGGCGGGGGGUGAGAGUGCACACGAGGCAGCCAGCGCAGGUGGCAGUGCGGGCGGCAGCAGCGGCGGUGGAAAGAGGGCCCUGCCAAAGAGCCGCUUCUGCGGCGCUGCUGCCCCGCCACCCCUGGGGUGCGGCGUGGGGGAGAGAGCAGCAGAGGCGGGAGCGACGGAAGCGAGGGAAGAAAAGAAGAAAGAUUUUAGGGGAAGCUCAGAUGGGCAAGAGGCCGUAGCUGUGGCCCCUGCUGCUCAUGGGUGGAGGGAAAGUCACAAGCUGGACUUCGGCCCUUCUGGCCCUCCUGCUGCUCCUCCUCCUCAUGCUGCUGCUGCCACCACCAACGCUCCUGCUGCUGCUUCAGCUGCUGCGGCUACUCUGCCUGCUGGCCAUGUUGACUCGCCUGCUGGCCAUGCUGACUCGCCUGCUGGCCAUGCUGACUCGCCUGCUGGCCAUGCUGACUCGCUGACCGCCAAGAAGCACGGCGCGGGAGAGCGGGCGAGUGAGGGGGAGCAAGGAGAGGAAAGGCAGGUGAUGGAGCCGGCACAGCAGGUGGCAGCACAGCAGGUGGCGGCACAGCAGGUGGCGAGGAUGGCAGAGAUAGUGGGUGGGACGGCGAGGCAAGCAGAUGGUGCAGGAGGAGCGGCGGUGGACGAGCAGGGAGCAGCAGCUGCGGUGCAGGGGCAGCAAGAGAAGCAGCAACACGGCUCGCCAGCAAACGAACAAGGGCUGGUGCUUUACCAGCAGCACGCUCAGCAAGAGCAGCAGACACAGCAGGAGCAGACACAACCGACACAACUCGGACUAGCUCUUGAGCUGCAACAGCAGCAAACCGUGCUGCAACCGCAGCAGCAACAAGUGCAGCUACAGCAACAGCAGCAGCAGCAGCAGCAACAACAGCUACAGCAACAGCAACAACAGCAGCAGCAGCAGCAGCAGCAGCAGCAGCCAAGCAGCAGCAGCCAGCAGCAGCAGCAGCAGCAGCAGCAGCAGCAGCAGCAGCAGCAGCAGCAGCAGCAGCAGCCAGCAGCAGCAAGCAGCAGCAGCAAGCAGCAGCAGCAGCAGCAGCCAGCAGCAGCAGCAAGCAGCAGCAGCAGCAGCAGCAGCAGCAGCAGCAGCAGCAGCAGCCAGCAGCAGCCAGCAGCAGCAGCAGCAAGCAGCAGCAGCAGCAGCAGCAGCAGCAGCAGCAGCAGCAGCGCAGCAGCAGCAGCAAGCAGCAGCAGCCAGCAGCAGCAGCAGCAGCCAGACAGCAGCAGCAGCAGCAAGCAGCAGCAGCCAGCAGCAGACAAGCAAGCAGCAGCAGGCAACAGCAGCAGCAGCAGGCAGAGCAGCAGCAGCAGCCAGCAGCAGCCAGCAGCAGCCAGCAGCACAGCAGCAGCAAGCAGCAGCAGCCAGCAGCAGCAGCAGGCAGCAGCAGCAGCAGGCAGCAGCAGCCAGCAGCCAGCGAGCAGCAGCAGCAGCAGCAGCAGCAAGCAGCAGCAGCAGCAGCAGCAGCAGCAGCCAAAGCAGCAGCAGCAAGCAGGCAGCAGCAGCAGCCAGCAGCCAAGCAGCCAGCAGCAGCAGCAGCCAGCAGCAGCAGCAGCCAAGCAGCAGCAGCCAGCAGCAGCAGCAGCAGCAGCAGCAGCAGCACAGCAGCAGCAGCAGCAGCAGCAGCAGCCAGCAGCCAGCAGCAAGCAGCAGCAGCAGCAGCCAGCAGCAGGCAGCCAGGCCAGCAGCAAGCAAGCAGCAGCGCAGCAGCAGGCCAGCAGCAAGCAGCAGCAGCAGCAGCAGCAGCAGCAACAACAACAGCAACAACAGCAACAACAGCAGCAGCAGCAGCUGGCAUGGCAGCAGCAGCAGCAGGCGCUGCGCUUCAUCCCACGCACUUGCCCAUCCUCCCCGACACCGCUGCCGCCAGGAGGGCUGCCCGCGUGGCCAUCCGCGCCCGCUGCGACGCCGCCACCGGCCACGCACUCGCACGUGCUCGCCCCGCACGCCACGGCCAUGGCCAUGCUCACCUCCUCCGCCGCCCUCGUCUCCGCCUCCGGCAGCCAGGCGUCGCUGGCCUCGCCGUCGCUCUUCGCCCCCUCCUCCAUCUCCUCCCCUGCUGCCUUUGCUGGCCACCACGCCUUCCCCCCGCCGCCAGGGCUGGCAGGAGGAGGAGCAGCGGGCGUCACACCAGCCAACACUCUCCAUGGCGCCGCUGCCGCUGCUGCUGCCGCUGCUGCCGCAUUCCCAAUGGACCCGUCUCUGCUGGCGUCGCCCCUUGCCACGCCCACCCUGGCGGGCACACCCACUUCCCCGUUUGUGACGGCCACGGCGUCGCUGCCCACCGUGACGCUGGACCUCUCCAGCUUCCCCCCACACCAGCUCUCACAGCUCGGCCUGGGGCCGCCCACCGGGAUGGCAGGGGUGGCAGGCGUGGCAGGGAUUGCUGCCACUGAUGCUGCUGGGUCCACGGCACCUCUUCCUCCUCCCGCCUCUUCAUCUGCUGCCACCCUCCUGCCCGCCUCCACUGCACUGCCACCACCAAUUCAACCGCCACUGCCAUCACCAGCAACAUUAGGGCACACGCCUAUUGUUGCUGCUGCUGCCACACCUACAGCUGCCGCCACCCCCACUGACACCGCAGGCACCCCCACUGGCGCUCCCUGGUGGUGGCCUGGCGCCCCCGCCCUCUCCCCUUCCUCUGCUCUGGCCUUCCCCCCUCCACCACUUCCGUCUGGGCCCUCCGCUCCCUCUGCCCUGCUGGCUGCACCCUCAGCGCCUGGUGGUAACACUGCUGCAGCCGCCGUCUCCUCGGCCGCCUCCACUCCAUCCCCUGUUCACGGCCUGCUGCUCCGCACCUCCCUCCCCACCUCUCGCCCCACUGCCCCUGCUGCUGCUGGCCCUGCCCACGCCACUCCUCUUCUUGCCCUCUCGCCCUCUCUGCCCCCAGCUGACCCCUCCACCAAUGGUGGUUCAGCAGCAGACGAUGCGCCGCCCCUCAUCCACAUUCCCCGGCGCCGUGUCAUUGGCCACUUCACUGCUGAAGGCCCUGCUGCCACGCCACCCAACACUGCUGUCGCCUCGGGCCCCCCUGCACCUGCUCCUGCACCUGCACCUGCACCUGCUCCUGCUCCUGCUCCUGCUCCUGCCACCACUGCUGCUCCUGCUCCUGCUCCUGCCACCACUGCUGCUCCUGCUGCUCCUUAUCCAUCUGCGACUGUACCACCACCAUCACCACCAUCACCACCACCAGCAGCAGCAGCGCCGCCAGCGGUAGCAGCACCAGGUGCGGAAGCAGGCAUGGAUGCGGUGCUGUCGUCGCCAGCUGUGCACAGCCGGCUGGUGGCAGAGACAGCGGAGAAGAUCACGAGUGACCCCGCCUUCAAGAGCGCCCUCGCCACCUACAUCGCCUCGCUGCUCUCCACCCAGUUCCCCGCCACUGCUGCUGCUGCCGGCCCCACUCCUGCUGCCACUCCCACUGCUGCCCCUGCUGCUGCUGCAGCCCCUCCUGCCCCUGCAUGCAGUGCUGGUGCCGGCACACCAGUCGCAGGCGGCUCUGCAGCCAUUGCACAGCAAACCGGGCAGGCUAUUGUGCAGGGCCAACAGCAGCUGGUAGCAUCAGCUCUGCAGCAGCAGCAGCAGCAGCAGCCACACCAACAGCAACUCGUGCCCCAGCAGCACCCAUUGCUUCUCUCCUCCCCCUCGUUCGCCUCCUCCCUCUUCCCCAUGCUCGCACCCACCACUGCUGCCGUGCCUGCCACUGCCUCGUGGCCGUUCGCCCCAGCCACCCAUGCUGCCUCCGCUCCACCGCCACCCCCCUCAGCCCUGCCAGGUGCCGUGGGAGCGACUCAUGCGCCACGGGAAGGUGCAGCGAUGAGGCCCGUGCUGCCGUCGCCGUGCAGCCCCGCGGCGCUGCUGCCCUCCCCACUUGCUGCUCCCAUGACCCCCGCGCCCUCGCCUCUCGGCUUCUCGCAUCUCUUUGCGCCUGCCUCCACCACGCCGCUCGACCUCUUCCCCCAGGUGGCCGCUGCCAAAGAACCAUCCAGCUCACCCAGCUUUCACUCUAACGCUAAUCGCUCCGACUAGCAACGUGGCCUUGCAUUGCAGGGAGAUGGAGCACCUUACUGAUGAUCUCCAGUACUUCAUGUCAAUCCCUUACAUGCUAUAAUCCAUCUCUUGGGCUGAGUGCAGCCCAGGGAUCUUAUGCAGAGACCGAGUCAUUUGUAGGUAGAGUGCUUGAUAGCAUAGCGAAAGUCUUACCGUAUCCACCCGGAUAGGCGCCCCCCCGGGGGAUAGGCCUCAGGGUUUCCUGUAAUCAUCUGAUGGGGCUUAUGUGCCUUAUUUGAUUAUAAACCCAACCCUGUCUG